CACGAGUUAUCUCCCUUCGACGAUGAAGAACUCUCCAGGAUCUCCAAGAUAGCUUCUGCUGGAUGGCGGUCAACGCCAACAGUCUCCCCCUGUUAAGGGGCAUUAUACGGGAACUGAGGCAUAUCUAUGGCAAAGGCCUAUAUCAGUCUCCAUCCUAUCUCUACAUGAAAGAUCAGUUCCAUAAAUCAAGUGUAACCAGUGAAAAAUAUUGUCGUAGUAAAACAGAUCUUCAGUAUCAAGCAAUGACAUACCUUACUUUUCUGGAAAGUUCUCGGCUACUUCAGGAGGUGACAGACAUGUACAAAGGAGCUGGUGAAAGAAGUGUUGAAGCUAGUGCUGAACUAGUUGGUCUGAAGUUACCCAAGAAUCCUGUGCCUGAAACUUGAACUGGAAUAAGAAAAGGACUUGGAAUAAAUUUUUUAAAAUAAAAAGUUAAAAAAAAGAGCAAGAAAACACAAAAAUGAAAAACAAAAAUCAGUAAAAACAGACAAUAAUGAAAGAUAAUAUUUUUGUUUUUAGUUUAUUUAUUUUAUUGUACAUGAUCUCUCAUUGCAAAUAAAUGCUAUUUCUGUUUUUAAA